UCAUCUUUCGUUAUUCAAAACGUAGACGCUUAAUGCACGCAAACGUGUUUAUAUUUUCUUAAACCCGGCGUCCUAGAAUGAACGCUGUGUGUAAAGCUCAUUUUCAGUCAUUGAGCUAUUCACGGAAGUUGGUGGUUAAUCGGAUGAAACGUGAACCUACCAGAUUUGGUAGAAUCUUGAGCUUUAAUAACCAAGUAUUAUUAUUGCCUUCUAGUCAUACGUCAUUCUCGAAAUUAAUUGUACCAAGUUCCGCCACCACUCACAGCCUUCAUGUAUUAGCUGAUGAAGAUCGAUACGAUAUUUCAUCCACUGAAAUUCGAAGAGUUAUUAAAUCUCAUUUUGGUGGUUACCAAGAAGGAUUCACUUGUGUGACUGUCAACUGCCCAUCAUGCAACACACUGUCAUCCACCAACAAAGAGGCCAGCAAUGACCUUGGCAAAUUGCACAUCAAUUUGAGAACAGGCUAUUCUUUCUGCACACGUUGCUUUCUGUCUGGACCUUGGUCUAGUUUAGCAUCAUACAUGAAAGCCCUAGGUGCAUCUAAACUAAAAUCUGAGAAGACAAAAAUAUGUCCACCUGGCAUCACCCAACACCUGUCACAGUACACUCCCACAGCCAGUACGGCAGAGGCAAAUGAAAUGAGACAGCUUUGGAAUUCAGCACAACCAAUCCACUCCUUGUCAGAAGAGACCCUGGUUCCAUUUCUAGACAAAUUACGUCUCGGGGACCUAUCGAUGGACACGCUGGAGAAAGUGGGUGCCAAAAUCAACCUUAAUCUCGAACAGCUCAUUCUUCCAUGUCUGACGACCAAAGACGCCCCAUUUCAUAGCAUAAAGAUAAUCACGCCUAAUCGUAAUCAAUCAGAUACGAUUGAACCUGAUUCCGGUCCGGAGUUGGACGAAUACUACAGGGUAGAAGAGAAAAACAUCCCUAAACAACAUCCUUGGUUGCUGGGUUACCACCUGGCUAAGAAUAAAGAUGAAGUUAUUGUGACCGCGACGGCCGCUGAUACGCUGACCGCUUUGGACUGUUUGGCCGUCCCGGCCGUUUGCCUGCCUUCUGGGAUAUCCAAUUUACCGCUAGCAACGAUGGCUUUUCUGGAAUCCUUCCGUAAAAUUACGCUUUGGCUAGGUCACGGGGUACAAGGGGCUGACUGUGCCCGAGCCUUUGCCAGGAAGCUCGGCGAAAAACGUUGCCGCUUGAUCAGAUCGUCAGAAGAGACACCAUCGGCUCUCCAAUGUCGGAUGAAAGGGAAAAAUGUGGCGCAGGUUCUCAAAACAGCCUUACCCAUGACGCACAAAGCGGUGACGACCUUCUCCAGUUUAAGGAAAGACGUCUAUGCUGAGAUCACGCAGAGCAGCACAGUGGCCGGAGUACGUUGGCGUCGUUUUCCCGUUCUUUCCGACCUGCUGAAGGGCCACCGUCGCGGCGAAUUGACGGUGUUCACUGGGCCGACGGGCGCUGGCAAAACGACGUUCCUCAGCGAGUACUCGCUCGAUUUGUGCAUGCAGGACGUGCGCACCCUGUGGGGCAGUUUUGAAAUCCGCAACGUCCGGCUGGCAAAAAUGAUGUUGCAACAGUUUUCCGGUUUGAUGUUGGAAAGCGAAACUCGCGAAAUGUUCAACGUCGUGGCCGACGAAUUUGAAAAAUUGCCAAUGUAUUUCCUGGCAUUCCACGGCCAGCAGGAUGUCACGUCUGUCUUGGAGGCCAUGUCGUACGCCGUGUACGUGCACGACAUUUCGCACAUCGUCAUCGACAACCUGCAGUUUAUGAUGGGCACAAGUUCCAGCGAACAUUCGUCGAUGGACCGCUACUACAGGCAGGACCAAAUCAUCGGCUCGUUUCGCCGCUUCGCCACAGACAACAACGUCCACGUCACUCUAGUCAUCCAUCCGAGAAAGGAAGCGAUGGACGAACUGUCGGCCAGUUCCAUCUUUGGUGGAGCGAAAGCCUCGCAGGAGGCGGACAACGUAUUGAUAUUGCAGGAUAAGCGAACGAACGAUCCCACCUGUCGCCGUAAAUACCUCGAGGUAGCCAAGAAUCGGUACGCCGGAGAUCUGGGAGUAAUGCCGUUAGAAUUCCACAAAGAGUCGCUGAGUUUCGCCCCGCGCAAUAAGAGAACCGCAUCCACCAAAGUGGCAGCAGCAGCCGCCGCCAACAACAACAACAAAGUCAACCAAUUUACCUCAUCAUCCUUGCAGUCCGGACGAGGUCGAGCGCAGUAGUUGACCACUCCAUUUAGACGACUGACUACUAAUAAAACUCGUUUUGUACAGUAUUAUUAUUAUAAUUUUUUUUUUUAAAUAUAUACAUUGAAAAGAA